AUGCCUCCGUCUCGCAAGCCCCUCCGCGCCCUGCUUCUGCUCCCGCCCGCGCCGUCACCGCCCACUUAUGCAGCCAUCAAAGCCGCUUACAACGCGCCGCUGUUCACCGUGCUCCAAGAGCUCGCCCGGUCGCCCCAAAGGGCCCACGAGCGCGCCAUCCUUGAGAUUGCGGUGCCAUGUCCACAUCUCUAUGGCCAGCUCAAUGCGCCAAGAGGACCUUUCUAUGCUGCCACGGAAAGCCUCGUCGCGGCUCUCUACAAGCUCGUCUGCGUCAUAGCCACGAAGAAUGCCAUUGACACUGACGAUGCCGAAGGUAUCGACGCCCGCAUCAUACUCGUUGCCUAUCCACGCAAUGGCAAGCUGGAUCAGCCAGCCCCGGAAAGCACACCUGAGCAUGAAAUGCAGGGUCCAGUCAUUGAUCUCUACACGCUGGCCCGGAACCCGACACACUGGGACCUCAUCUACUCUGUACAGUCCGAAGAAGGAGAAGGACUGGUGAAGAAUUUCCUCGCCUCAUCUAGCGUUCCUCGCAAUGUACAGCGAGUCCACGGCGGCAUAGUCGCCGUCGAAACCGCGGCACCUUCCGAAAGCAAAGACGAAUCUAUCAACCAUCUCUCCGUGGCUGUUGGUGGCACCUUUGACCAUAUGCACAUCGGCCACAAGCUGCUGUUGACCAUGUUUGCUUUCGUGCUCGGCAGAAGACAUUUACAUGACGACCACGCGCUAAGCGUGCUCACGGUCGGCAUCACGGGGGACGAAUUGCUGAAGAAGAAACAGUAUGCAGAGUAUCUGGAAAGCUGGCACGAUCGUCAGCAGGGAGUGCACGACUUCCUCACGUCCGUCAUCUACUUCGGACAGCGUGAUGACCGCAGGAUUCAGAUCGAGGAAUUAAACGAACCAGGGCCGAAUGGACACGCAGUGCACGUCACGUACCCCUUCGGCUUACUCAUCAAGUACGUAGAGAUUUGGGAUCCCUUUGGCCCCACCAUAACAGACGAGGCCAUUACAGCUCUGGUUCUGUCUCUGGAAACCCGAAGUGGCGGCAGUGCCGUCAACAGCAAGCGUGUUGAGAAGGGCUGGCAUAAGCUCGAGGUCUUCGAAGUGUCGGUUUUGGAUGCGAGCGAAGAAGAGCGCGUGGACGAAACGUUUCAAAGUAAGUUGAGCAGUACCGAGAUUCGCCGAAUCCGAAGUGAGCGCAGCCAGUCCCAGAAGUGA